CAGUCAGUCCGUAAGGAGUCGUGCCGCCGUCCAUCAGGCAGAGCCAUAGAACGCGAGGGGGCGGGCUCUAUCCGAGUCCCCGCAUCUUGUCAUUGGUUCUAAGCCCGCAGUUGUAUAAUCUGCACAGAAAUUCGUGUUUAUUGUUCGUAUAUGCACGGACUAGGAUCGUGGAGGUGGAUUUUAGCCCAGCGGGGCGUUGUAAACUCAAUGUUCCACAUUCAUUGCAGCGCAUAGCAAGACGAGGAACUCUGACUGAACCACUACACCUCAGCUGAUAAUCCACCACGGCGAGAUAUCUGGUUUGUGCCUCACGAAGAUCAUCGAAGACGUCGCCAGAGGAAAACUCCUGCCGCUUCCUCCCCCUGACAAACAAAGCCGACUAGUAAAGCCUGUGGAUGGGAUCUGUGAAGUGAUUGUUAUUGCCAUACGUAACGUAGCGGAUAAUCUCCGAAAGCGGAGCACCUCGGAGCGACAUAGAGCCACAAUCUGGUGGCCUGGAGUAACAUCCUCAGGAUUUAGAUGCCAGCCGACAUUUUACCAUCAGGUUCCCGAUAGGAUGUAACUUGGAUUAUCCUGGACAGUGUUUACAUGUCCAAAAACAGGGUUGGAGGCACUAACCCCUAGUUACCCACAGAGCAUGGCUCAUGGGUGGGAUUCAUACUUUCCCAGCCUUCAGCCUCGGUCAUCAAAUCCUGGGACUGUAAAGAGGGCAGGAAAAGAGUCGGAAGGAGCCUUUUCCCAGCAUUCGGAAAAGUACAUGGGACAUCACAAUUUCUCAAGUACAGGUCCUGCUCAAGAAGCUCCAACUCAAAACUCAAACCACACAAACUAUUACUAUAAUAGCAGUAAUGAUAAUCCUAGCACGGACUGUGCUUAUCAGAGGUACUGUGAAGAAACUGAGUGGCUAGCUGGCAGAGAAAAAAUUGAAAAAAACUACAUGCAAAGGUGUGGAAAUAGCAGUUUCCCAGAUUUUGCUAGAGAUGGAAUACCAACAUCAAUAGAGUCUUCAUCUUUUGAACAAGCUGUUGAAGGACUUAACAAAGACUGUGAAAUUACUGCUGCUUCUUGUCUGGGAGACUACUCAAAUGUCCACAGUUGUUCUAAUCCGGACGCUAGUGAAACAAGACCUUCCUGCAAAUUCAUGUCAGGUAACAGGAUUUUGAAACAGAAACCUCACGACAUUUUAAAAUUUAGCGUAUCCGAAUGCUGUUUCUCUGACAGUAGAAAUAUGAAUUUUCAGACUGAUAACCAUUGCACUGGUUUAUCUGGGGCCGAAAAAAGUUUCCCAUCAAACAUAGCACCUACAGAAAGCCUAAUUGCAUGUGAGCAAAAUGACAGAAGUUUGGAUAAAAUGGUUAAAAGCGAUGCAGGGUACUAUCACUUUAAACCUAUAUCAUCUAUGUUGCUACCGGCAGAGAGGGAGAAUGAACAUAUUGACAAAUUUCAUGUUCAGAACGAUGAGGAAGCAAAGAGAGACUUGAAAGAAGAUCCAUACCCAAACUUGUCGAUGGCUGAUAACUUUCCUGGAGAUGGAAUUGGUCACUGCCCAGCCUCUAUUGAAAGCGAGGAGAUCCCCUCAGCCUCUUUGGUUGUAUUAGACCAUGGGCUAGAUCACAUUGAUCCAGCAAUCUUAAAUGAAGUAAGUGAUGGAAGUGGAAGACCAUGUAAACAAAAUUCAACUAGUGGUCAAGAUGAAAAUGUGAUUAAAGGAAGGGAAGACAAAGGCCAGGCCCUGACAAUCCAAAAGAAUGAGUCAAGUUUGUGUAAAACUGAGAUUUCUGAGGAGAAAAAAUUACCCACAAGUUCUUCUGAUUGUAGUGUUGAGAAAGUGGAGUCUGGUGAUGACACAAAGGAAACCAAGAAAGAUGCCUCUCAAUUCUUAAGCUCCCUUCCUGUCAACCAGCUAAGCUGUAAAGAUACCCUUCAACUGAUCGACUUCCCUUUGAAUUGUAACAACAGUAAUUUUGAAUCCAGUUUACAAUUAUCUGAUCACCAAUCUAAUGAAAGUGCACCACAAAGUAAUCAAUCCUUUCCUGAUUAUGAUAAGGGCAUGCAAAGUGUGGACAGUCAUGUAGGGUCUGGCUUACAGUCACACAUUUCAAAUGACCAAAUACACAAAGAACUAUCAGCAAAGCUUCCCAGUGUCACUAUUGACCUACCCUCUAAGGAUAAAGGCUCUGAAAAGAGUCAAGACACUGGCAUUCAGAAAGACUCCUGCACACAGUCUAAUCAUCCAACUCCAGAAGGGCCAACAAGUUCAACAGAGACUGUAAAAAAGCAAGCCCCAAGUAUUUCAGCAGAUUGUGCUUAUGGUAGCCAUAUUGCCCUUGGUGACAUCCCAUCUGGUUGCAGUGCUGAUAACAGUAACAAUGUUGCACAUUAUCAAAACUCCUGUUUACAACAAAAUAUCUCUGACAUGAAUGUACACUCGUGUCUAGAAAUGAAAACAGGUCCACACAAAAAUAAUACUUCUGACUCUUCUUUGGAUUCUGUUGGUCCCAGAGAGACUUGUGAUGACCAAAUAAAUCACUGUCAAGAAAAACUAAGUAAAAGUGAAAAAUUUCAUAAUGAUAACUGUAAUACACCCAAUCUAAAUCCAAGAUCUAAACUGGAAUUGUGCUCCCAGCCCAACUCUCCAAACACAGAUGUCGAUUCCCAUUUUGAUAAAGAUCCAACUGCCAGUGAUAGUAAAAUGUCUACCACAGUUGUAGAGAAUUGCAGUGUGCAGCCUCCAACAUCUGAAAAGGAAAAUGACUCUGGUGAAAUGGACUGUAUCGAGGAACUUCAUUCUUCAAAUGUUGACAUAAAUUCAUUUUCAGAAAGGGAAUGCAGUUGUCCAAGAGAGAAAACAAGUUUAUCGUUGUUUUCUGAUCCGUGCGAGUCACAGCUCAAAGUUCCCUUGGAGCAAGAACCACCUAUUCCUCAUGAAGAUAUUUCUGAAAAUGCAAGAGAGUCAUUCAAAGAAUUGGAUUCUUUUACAGUGGACGAAUCAGUGUCUGACAUGCUCUACGGUGAACCUUUGUCGGGAGAAAGCUCUUCAUGUGAUGCUGACGAAGCAGAUGCUGCAUUGGACCAGUGCAAAAAUGUAUCGGUGAGCAGGUCUGAAGAGAGCAGCAUGGAUCACACCAAGAGAUCAUCUUUUCAACUAAAACCUUCCUCACAGAUUAGAAAAAAGCUGCACCCCAUUGUCUUAUUAAGGGUCUCUGAUUCUGUGGAUAAAAGGAAUACCUCUUACCAGUGUGCAGAUUGUCAAUAUACAACCCAAAAUGUUGACAAUUUAAUUGAGCACCACUGUCAUUGCCAUUCAGAGCUCGGCUUUGAAUUCUGCAAGUCUUGCAACACUUACCUAAUGAAGAAUGAACAGAGAAGAAAGCACAUUUGCAAUGUGACUGGACAAACCUACAAAUCUUCUUAUUCCAUCCCAGAGAAGAAGAAAAGGACUCAUGGACGCCACAAGUGCAAUCAGUGCAAUAUAGUUUUUUCAAAAAUACUAGAGUAUGUCAAGCAUAUGCGGGGUCACACUGGCAAAACACCUUACAUGUGUAAUCGCUGUGGCACAUAUUUUGCACAGCCCGGUUGUGUGCAGAGGCACCUGAGCAUACCUGGUAGAUGCAAGCCCUACAAACUGCUACAGACAAAUUCAGAUGCUGUUGUCAUAAAAACUGAAACAGAGUCACAAAUAGAUGUUACACAAAACAUUCUUCAUCAAGGAAUGAAGGAAUGCUACAUCAAACUUGUUGACAUUUCCAGGAUGAAUCUCUGUCAUAUUUGUGGUAAAAGCUUUGCCAGUGCAAAGAAAGCCAAAAAGCACAUUUACUCUGUCCACAAUAGGAAGAAAGUGCAAGCCUUAGUAAAGGACACAACCACGAAUGUCAAAAGUGAGAACACUGCAAGAGUAGAGGAUGACACGAGCAGAAAAUAUCAAUGCCCCCUUUGUCCUCGCACUUUUAAAUUCUUCUACAACAGGUCUCGGCAUUUGCGGGAAUGUGCCACAAAUGACGUUUUUGGUGGCAAGGGUAAAUCUGGAGACAAAUACGUCUGUCCCUUGUGUAAAGGCAAGUUUACAUCCACAUCUAACAGAUACAAACAUAUUAGGGAGGUUUGCAUACGGCGCUGUAUUAGUCAGCUCGCAAAAGAAAAAACAAUGGGAUUACACGAGGAUAAAUGUGAACCACCUAAGGAAAAUGAUCUGAAACCCCGGUUGACAGAAAAAAUAAAGGACAGCCUUUCAAAGGAAAACCAACCACCAACAAAGUUGCCUCGAUACAAGUGCAGUCACUGCCCUGCAGUUUUCUUUCAUGCCUCUGGAAAGUAUAGGCAUCUAAAGAAACAUGAACUCUUUAAACUUACUGGAAAGAUCUUUAAGUAUAGGAAUUCCAUUUCCUCUACAAUUUCUAAACCGGAGCCUCCAAGUGAUAUGCAGACUGAGGGUGCUAAUCAGUCCCAAACAACAGCUGAAAGCAGAAGUCCCGUGAGUUGUCGCUUUUGUGGAAAAAACUUCAGUUUGUUAAAACUUCUGAAGAAACACCAACGAUGUCAUCGUGGUGACAGACCGUACCGCUGUCUUGAGUGUCGAAAGGGAUUUAAGCAACGAGCCCAUCUGAUUGGUCACAAGAAAAUUCAUCAGAGGAGAAUACAGUGCACUGUUUGCAGAAAGAUUCUGCCAACUAUUGGAGAACUUAUCCAGCACAGGCAGGAGCAUCUUAAAAGAGGUGUGCUUAAGUGUCCAGACUGUGAUUUGGAGUUCCAAUAUCCUGCAUUUCUGCUUCGACAUGUGAAAACCCAUGAAAAUAAAGACAAGAAAGCAGAUAAACUGGAAAAGGAAGCAUCAACAAAGCCAUUGGAAUCCUUGGAAGCUGUUGAAAAAAAUGAAGCAAAGCAAGUGCAAUGUUCCUUGUGCAAAGAAAUGUUUGAGGAUGCCCACACACUAAGAAAGCACUGCCUUACUCAUAUUUCAAAGUCCUGUUUGAACCAAUGUCCAUUUUGCAAAACAAAGUUACGUCAUCGUCACAACUUGCUGCGCCACAUGGUCAAACAUACAGGAGAAAAGCCCCUGUACUGCAAAGGUUGUACAAGACGGUUUUACAAAGAAACAAGUCUCAAGCUUCAUGCUCAGAAGUGUUUAAAACCAGUCUCAUCACAGUCUCAAAGUAAGACAAAGAAACGCUUCAAAUGUUCUAUUUGUCCACGGAGCUUUUCUAAAAAGGACCGCUGGAAAAAUCAUCUUCUGGGCCACAAGAAAAAGACACUCAACUUUUGUUCGAAUUGUGAGCAGUACUUCGGCAGUAACAAAAUUAGCAGUCAUUUGAAGGAUUGUAAAGGUGCAGAGCAUGCCGUCGACAACAAGUUACCCCCUUGCAAUUCGACUAGCUCUUCAGAAAUCCAGACUGUCCAUCAAAAAGCCUCUAGGGCUGAUUCAUUCAAGACAUUCAGUUAUACAUGUCCUUACUGCGAACAGAAAUACAGGUUUAAAUCGAUAUUCUUGCGACAUCUAGUUUCACAUACUGGAGUACAGCCUUAUCCAUGCACGUACUGCCGUGAGAGGUUUAAAUCUCAGACCCUGUGCUUACAACAUGAGGCUAUCUGUGGUGGUGCUGCUAAUGAAGGACUAUCAAAACCCAAAGCUGAUGGUCCAACAAAAAUGGACUCCAUUAGAGAGACAUCUCUGAAACCCCAUCCAGACAGUGAAGCUCAGUACAAGUGCAAGUUCUGCACAAAGACUUUCAUGAAAGCAAGAAACUUGAGACGUCAUAUUUUGACACACAAUGAAGUGAAGCCAUACCGCUGUAAAGCUUGUGACAGCUGUUUUUCACGAUAUGAUCAUCUGAAAGUCCACCAAGCUCGCUGCAAAGGUACAAAGACACGACUGGAGGUCAGAAUCCCCAAAAUCAAAUUGGAGGAUAUUGGAAAAGGUUGGCAGGCGAACUUUGAGAAACAGGAACUUAUAAAACAGAACACAUUUGACUGUGAAGUCUGCAUGAGAACCUUCUCUUGUCAGUCUAAACUGUCCAGACAUUUCACUAUGUUUCAUGCUGUAAAGCCUUUCAAGUGCAAUCGCUGUGGCUCUGCUUUCUCUCAUGAAAAAACUCUGAAACAACACUUGAAAAUAAAGAAAUGUGCCCCUAACAAGCAUCCCCAACAAGGACCAAACUCUUUUCUUUCAUUGGGAACACCUCGUACAACCUCUAAUGAUAAAGGGAAACUUUAUAAAGUAAAAAAUCGAAUGCUGAUGAGGCUCCAGCCAUUUGCCAACAAAAUGCUGAAAUAUAUUUGCAGUUUUUGCCCUCGUGCUUUUAAAAACUCAUGGCAACUACAGAUCCACACUCGAUUACACACAGGAGAAAAGCCAUAUCCUUGUGAGAAUUGUGGAGAGAGAUUCAUAAGGAAGGACUAUGUAAAGCGUCAUCAAGUGAAGUGCAGCCGAAAAUGUCAGCAGAAAAAAGUUCUAUGUGAGAAAUGUGGUGGAUUUUUCUCAGAAAACAAGCUUGCAAAUCACAAAAAAGUUUGCACUCUAAAGUCGGCUUCACCAGCAGUUUCCUUGCAGUCAAACAGUCACCAAAGUCCACCAAAAGGAUUUUCAUGUGCAUACUGUAGUUUGCGCUUUUUGCUGUUUUCACAGCUGCAGGAGCAUUUUUUGAGUACCCACAAGAUGGAAACAAUGAAAGAACCAGUCUCAACUGCUCCUCUGCAACAACUUCUGUCUGACAUGCCAAACAUUAAGGAAGAGCCCACUGAUGAGGGUUAUGAAGGGGAGCUUUGUAAUCCUUCAAGUUCCCCCUGUAAAGUAGAGUCAGCUCCCACACCUGUCACCGCAAAACAGUGGGUCUGUCAAAAGUGUAAUCUGACUUUUACCAAUAAAGCUGGACUAGCUGGUCAUCAGCGUGUGCACCAAACAGGACAUCCCUUCAACUGUAAAAGCUGCAACAGGGGUUUCUGGAAUAAAACUCAACUUCGCAAUCAUUUUAGAAAAUGUAAACCCAGUGCUGUUCAUUUUGCAGCAAAAGACUCUGACCUUGAAACAUACAAUGAACUCCAAAUAGAAAGUGAAUCAGAAGUGUUGCCAUCUAUGUCUCGUAAGGAUGACUUGGAGGAUAAGUCAACAGAAAGCAGCCAAGUUGCAAGCAAAGCAAAGAAGAAUGUAUCAUACCAAUGUUCAGAAUGUAAUGAAAGUUUUACCGAUGGCUUGAUGCUAAUCAGUCACCUUGAGGACCAUGGUAGACGAGAACAAGAGAAAAAGAUAAAUACAUGUGCCAAGUGUGGACAGUGGUUUUCCAAUCCAGCACUUUUAGAAAAGCAUAUGAAGCUGCAUGGAAUUAGCAAGAACCACUCAUGCACGAUCUGCUUGCAGACAUUUUUCACCUUGUCUGAACUUGAAAGACACAAAGCCAGUCAUGAAAUUAAAAAAAAAUUUGCUUGCAAACUGUGCAAAUCCACUUUCUGGACCAGGCCAUUGUUAUGUGAGCACUACACUAAAGAUCAUGAAGAUGUUAUAUUUAAGUGUCAAUUCUGCAGCAAAGCCUAUGCAGUGAAGAAAUCCCUCUCUAGACAUUAUAAAAAGUGGCACACCAAAGAUUUGAAGGACCUUGCAAGUUCAACCCUAAAAAAGGGCCCAGUUGAACAACAACCUGGCAGUCAAGUAAGCACUACUGGUGAAAGUGAUGAGGAUGACCCUAACUGUAGUGACAGCAACUCUGAUGCUGCUCCGUACUUCCCAUGUCAUGUGUGCGGCAAGACCUUCCCAACGUCAGAAAGUCUGGAGGAUCACCAGCUUUGUCACCUGGGUGAAAAGCCACAUGAAUGUUCAGAGUGUGGUAAAUGCUUUUUCCAGGCAUCCCAGCUGCAGCAGCACCAACGAAUGCACAAGUCUGAGUUUCAGUGUCAGAUUUGCGGCCGGGGCUUUGUCUCCCUUUUUGCAUUGCGGAAUCACAAGCAUUCUCACGGGAAGAGUCGUCCACACCGUUGCUCCAAGUGUGAUCUUAGUUUCACUGGACCCAUACAGCUGGCAGAGCACAUGUCAACCCAUCGUGAAGAGAGCUUCCCCUGUGACAUUUGCAAUAAGGUGUUUCAAUGCAAAAGCAGUAGAGCUGAGCAUCGGAAAAGCCACUCCAGGUCAGGUGACUGUCCCUCGCCUUCAACCUCAGUGGGAGAGUCUUCACAAUCUCAAAGCACCUUUGCAUAUACGACAGUCUAUAAAUACCGCUGUGGUAUUUGUCGCGAGCGUUUCCGAGAUCCAGAGGAGCUUUCAGAGCAUGGUUGCAUGAAGGCUGUAGAGCGACACUACCCUUGUAAAGACUGCAACAAACACUUUCUUCAUGCAUCUCAUCUAAAAAAGCACAGGAAUACUCACCAUCCAUCAUGGCCUCAAAGAGAAUAUGCAUGCAGCCAAUGCAACAAGAGUUAUUCCUCCUCAGAGCACUUCACUGCCCACCUCAAAAACCAUGUGGAAGCCGCAGAUGAAAAUACAAGCGGAACACCUUCAAACACUUUCAUGUGUCCAGUUUGCUAUCAGUGUUUUACUGGUGCCUCUGAACUGAUUAGUCAUUUUUCCAAACACCCUGAUGUAAUGUCUAAAACAGAAAAAAUUAGACUUCACCCCUCUGAAAGCAAGCAGCACAAUUUAACACCAACAGAUAAAUACGAAUGCACGGUGUGUAGCAAGAGCUUUGAGGGGGGCGAUUCUUUCCGGCACCACCAUUGCUCCCAGAAGCAGCUGGUAGCAGCAGAAAGACUGUUGGUAAAAAAUUCUAAUCAUCGUUUAGCGGAAGAGGACGAAGAGGAUGAAGAGGAGGACGAAGAGGUAGAUGUUACAGGAGAGGACUUGUUCAAGUGUUUUGACUGCACAAUGCAUUUCUCUUCCAAAAGUGCUUUGCUGGAGCAUCAAAACAAACAACAUCCAAAUGGGAAGAAGUUCAGAUGCGGAAAGUGUGGAAAGACCUUUGCCAAGAAAAUUUACCUCCGAAAACAUGAAAGUAGACAUCAGAAAAAUGAGGCUGUUCAACCCGCAGUUCAGCACCCUGACAAGGGGCUGACAUGUUCCCGCUGUAGCACCACUGUAAACUCUGUGCAAGAAUUGUCUUCGCACAUGAGACUCCAUGCUGAAAAAGAGGCAGGAAGCUUCCGCUGUGACAUGUGCUACAAGUCAUUUAGCCACAAACUGCUUUUGAAGCAACAUCAAGAGAGUCAUGUUGGUGAGGUUGUGUAUGAAUGUACAGAAUGUGACAAAGCUUUUGCUUUCCCUCAUCUUCUUGAUGAGCAUCAAAAGACACAUGGUGGUUCCUCCAAGUAACCCUACUCUUUGAGUAUCUUGAAACUCCCUCCUGCCUCAGUUGUCAGUGUGAACUUCACAAAACGAAAAUCUUUGUUUUUGUUUUUCCUGAAUCUUGAAAGAGUUGAGCUGAUUUUACAUCUUGGCCUGUUUAUGUUUAUGUUAUGUUUAUCGGUUUGUGUUUGUUCCAAAAUUGGAACAGUGGAGCCACAUUUUUUUUGAAAGUGUAAAUCCAAAACCUUUAGCUUGGGAAUUUUCAAGAUUGUGUCUUAAAUAAACCCAGAAUCCUAAGGUCCCUUGGCAGUUUGGUUGACAAUGUAUUAUUUAGUGUAUUUUAAUCCUCUGGAGUUUUGUAUGUUAUAACAAUUCCUUACUUUGUAUAUAUACAUAGAAUUCAUUUUGCUCUCUUUCCUUAAAUCAAUGUUUGUAUUUUUCUUUCUUAGGAUAUUGUGUAAAAUCUAAUGUGCAUUGUAAAGAUUCUCUUGGUGGACUAUUAUUUUGACCUGCAAAAAAUGGUAAAUGUUUUACUGAAUUGAUUGAGUCGGUCAAGUAAAGUUACCUACAAAGUUU